AUGGCCAAGCAAGGUCACAACCAAGAGGCUGCCUCCAGCAGAAAUCACCAGUCCUUUUACAAGGAUGGAGUGACUGGUGCUCUGGCUGUCUUGAUGAAAGAUGCUGUUAAACCAAACCUCAUGCAGACACUAGAGGGAACACCAGUGUUUGUUCAUGCUGGACCUUUUGCCAAUAUUGCACAUGGGAAUUCUUCAGUGCUGGCAGACAAAAUAGCACUGAAGCUUGUGGGUAAAGAGGGAUUUGUUGUUACAGAAGCAGGAUUUGGUGCAGACAUAGGCAUGGAGAAAUUCUUUAAUAUUAAGUGCCGCUAUUCUGGUCUCCGGCCUCAUGUGGUGGUGUUGGUUGCUACUGUCCGAGCUCUGAAAAUGCAUGGAGGAGGGCCUGCAGUCACUGCUGGGGUACCUUUACCAAAGGAGUACAUGGAAGAGAAUCUUCAACUGUUGGCAAAAGGCUGCAGUAACCUAAACAAGCAAAUCCAAAAUGCACGGAUGUUUGGUGUCCCAGUAGUAGUGGCUGUCAAUGCUUUCAAAACGGAUACAAAGGCUGAACUGGCCCUUGUAGUACAACUGGCAAAGGAAGCGGGAGCGUUCGAUGCUGUGGAGUGCACUCACUGGGCAGAGGGAGGUAAAGGAGCGGUUGCGCUGGCCCGAGCUGUUCAGAGAGCAUCGCAGACACCCAGCAACUUCAGGUUCCUCUAUAAUGUGGAGCUCCCUGUUAUAGAUAAGAUCAGACUUAUUGCACAGCAGAUCUAUGGGGCCAGUGACAUUGAGCUGCUUCCAGAAGCACAGGAGAAAGUUGCCUUGUACACUAAGCAAGGAUUUGGAAACCUGCCAAUCUGCAUGGCUAAAACUCACUUAUCAUUGUCUCAUGACCCUGAACAAAAAGGAGCACCUACGGGUUUUGUUCUGCCAAUUCGAGACAUUCGGGCCAGCGUUGGUGCUGGAUUCCUGUAUCCGCUAGUAGGAACGAUGAGCACUAUGCCAGGACUUCCUACGAGACCCUGUUUCUAUGAUAUAGACUUGGACCCAGUGACAGAAGAAGUAAAGGGGCUCUUUUGAACGGAAUUAUUAACCAAGGCUCCCAGAAGAACACCUGAUGAGUCAUGUAAACAGAACUAUGCCCCGAUUUUUUUUUUUUUUUUUUUUUUCCCUUAAGUCAGAACAAGAUAUGACUGAGGAUAUAGCGCAAGAAGUGACUGGAAGGAGGAGUACUAAAGAAUCAACCACUUACAUUUAAUCUGUAAUAAUUUUUAAACUGCUGUGUUCCAAGCUAGUUGACACUGAGCAUAUAAAGCAUACUUCCUCUACAGACCUCCUGCUUCAUAACUGUAGCUGAAGCAGAAUACAAAAGCUUGGGUUUAGUGACCUCUUUUGAUUCAGUGACAUGAUUUUAAUAAUUAAAAAUCCUAAAGGUGGAGCUGUUUGAAACAGUCUUGGGACUUGAUUGUCUUAACCAUAGGGUUUUUGUAGCAU